AUAUCAAUGCCAGGUAAGCGCAAUAACAAAUAUUCAGAACGUAGCUAAAUUAGAAACAAUUUCGCCUCCCCGCCGCACCACCUGAAAAACGCCAUUUUGUUACUUUCCCUACCUCCUCCCGUCCCAAACGAGUCUCCUCCCCUCGCAUACGAGUCCCGUCCCUUCCCCACCCCUUAGAUCGGCAGAUCCGCCCUAACCCAACCUCAGCGCGCGCCUCCCGGAUGGCCACCGUCUCCCCCGCCUGCCCCCGGCGCGCGCGGGUGCCGUAGCGGAUCGACCAGUCCCCCUCAUCCCUCUCCAAAUCCAGCACCCAAGCAGGCCCCUCCUCCCCGCCGCGCCACAGGUCGCUCUUCUCCAUGGCGCCGCCGCCGCAGCCGCCCGUGCCGAUGCAAGUUUCUGUGGGGAGCAGCGGUUCCUCCUCCUACGGCGCGCCGCCCGCGUGGGACUACACGCAGGACCUGCCCGAUGAGAUCCUCACGCUCGUCUUCGCGUCGCUGUCGCCCGCCGACCGCAACGCUUGCUCCCUCGCCUGCGCGCGCUGGAAGGAGGUCGACGCCGCCACGCGCCACCGCCUCUCCCUCGACGCGCGCGCCGCGCUGGGCAACGCCGCGCCCGCGCUUUUCGCGCGGUUCACGGGCGUCACCAAGCUCGCCCUCCGCUGCGCUCGGGGAUCCGGCACGGACAGCCUCGCCGACGACGGGGCCGCGGCGGUGGCCGCCGCGCUGCCAUCCGAGCGCCUCGCCAGGCUCAAGCUCCGCGGCCUGAGGCACCUCUCCGACGCCGGGCUGGCCUCGCUCGCCGCCGCCGCACCGGCGCUCCGCAAGCUCUCUGUUGCAUCCUGCACCUUCGGACCUAAGGCCUUCGUCGCCGUGCUCCAGUCGUGCCCACUCCUCGAGGACCUCUCAGUUAAGCGCCUCCGCGGCCUCCCAGACACGGCCGGUGCCGCUACUGCCAUCACUGAGGACAUCGUGUUCCCACCGGCUUCAUCUCUGCGUUCGGUUUGCCUGAAGGAUCUAUAUAGCGCCCUGUGCUUUGUGCCGCUUGUGGCGUCCUCACCGAACCUUCGCUCGCUCAAGAUACUGCGGUGCUCGGGCGCCUGGGACCUGCCAUUGGAGGUCAUCACUGUGCGUGCUCCUGGCCUUGUUGAGCUCCACCUUGAGAAGCUCCAGGUCGGUGACCGGGGCCUUGCUGCCCUCUCGGCCUGCAGGAAUCUGGAGGUGCUGUUCCUUGUCAAGACCCCUGAGUGCAAUGACAAGGGCAUCAUCAGUGUUGCAGAGAAGUGCCACAAACUGCGCAAACUGCAUAUUGAUGGCUGGCGCACGAACCGAAUUGGGGAUUUUGGGCUCAUGGCCGUGGCACGAGGAUGUCCGGAGCUGCAGGAGCUUGUCUUGAUCGGGGUCAACCCAACCGUGCUGAGCCUCCGGAUGCUUGGUGAGCACUGUCGCACGCUGGAGCGGCUCGCUCUUUGUGGGUGCGAAACUGUGGGGGAUGCUGAGAUCAUUUGCUUGGCUGAGCGCUGUGCUGCACUCAAGAAGCUUUGCAUCAAGGGAUGCCCUGUGUCAGAUCGUGGGAUGGAAGCACUGAAUGGGGGCUGCCCCAGUUUGGUCAAGGUGAAGCUGAAGAGAUGCCGCGGAGUGUCAUACGAGUGUGUUGAGAAUCUGAAGGUGACCAGGGGGGAAUCAUUUUCGAUCAGCUUGGAUAUUGUGUUGGAGCAUGAUGCUGGAAGUGCGAGUGAGAAUGGUGCACAGGAGACUGGACAAGGACAGAUUGUGGAGCUGACCGGUCAGAUGGAAGGCAUGGACCUUCCAACCAAUGCUGCUGGCACGCAAUCGUCGGCUCAUACAAUUAAUAGGAUGAGGAGCGUCAUGUCAGCAAUCCGGCGGAGGUUUGGAAAUCUCCCACCACUGUGAUGUGUGGUGGCAAAUGAUGAACUGUUUUACUGCUUUCUGUUUCUAAUCACAUACUUGUGUUUCCUAAGUUGAAUGCAUUCCCUACCCAGUCCAUGCGAGAUACCCGUUUAUGGAUGUUUCUGCAUGUUUUAUUGUGUUGGAUUGCGUCACCGGUAGUGUUUUCAAGCUCUUAACUUAAAUCUGCUCCAGUGUUGCUCCAUUGAUGGUAAACAUGCUUCCAUCCAUAUCUGGAUCAAUCAUUUUAUUUGUUUUCUUUUGCUGCUUGAGGUUGAGAAAUCAGGAGCUAGGAUCCCCAUAUCUCUACAACAGUACUAAAAAUCGUUACCGUUAUUAUUGAACAUAUUGGUAUGCUUAGCUGUAGAUGGCAGACUGCACCAUUAGAAUAUAUGCACACUGGUAAUAGUAUAUUGUUUGUUUCGGUGUUAGGUUUGAAGAAAGAAACGUGCAUGCUUCAAUCUUCUCUUCUCUUUGUCUAUGAAAAGGCAUUCUUAUUCAGUUUGUCUAGUUUGGUGUCCCACAAUACGCUAACAAAACGAUGUACUGUAAACAAAUCAAUAAUGCAUAUGUUAGAGCUAAUCGCUGCUUUCUGCUGUUAAUCUUGGAUAGCAAUGUGCUGGUUAUUGCUUGGAAGCAUGAUUACUAGUGGUGGUUGUUAUGUUGAUAGUGAAGGACAUCAUAAUAAAUAAGUCAUUUGCGUGUAUGUGUGGUUUUCUACAUUUUUUAUGCCUUGUAUGAUACAACACUAGAAUAUGAAUUUAAUGAGUUAAUUCGGAACUAAGUCACCUCAAGGAACUAAUAGUAUCGUCUCUAAAACCGGAGCAAAGUUAGGGGGAGUGAGCAUUAAUCCUUUAUGAUAUUUUUUCUUUCUAAAAUGCUACUAGUAAAUCUGUGGUCAUAGUUUUUUGCAAUGUUAAGUUUGUAUCAUGAUCCUUUGCUUAGUUGCUUAUGGCUGCCAUCCUAAAAAUGCUGUUGUGGAUUAAUUGUGUCUCAAGUAGUUUCGGGUUUCCAUAGAAUUGUAUCAAAUCUUGGUUAUUUGAACAAAAAUACCAUAAAAUUUGCGAAUGGACUGAAAGCACAAGUUUGUGCUAGAAGUGUUAGAUAUAGAUAUAUAGCCUUUGUGUAAUAUCCCCGUGGUAUAAAUGGUUCCAUGCAUAUUGCCACCUGUACGUGUAUAUAUAUUGGCCUAUGAUUUCUAAGAAUACAAGUUGCUAUUCCUAACAAAAAGUAAGUGAAUGGAAGUUCAUAAGAA